CCGCCGUCUGUCGAACACUAUUCACCACCAAACUGUUGCAGGCGCAUUGCAUUUACUUUGCGCAUCUCUCACAGAAUACUAGAACAGCCAGCACCAGGUAGUCCCCCACCACGCAUGCAAAACUGACUCUCUGAGUGUCAAAUGUCAAUUUAAUAUAUAAUUUCACGACUCCACCGCCCUCUUCUUUUCUUCCCCCACCAAACCCUGGAGAUCUCCCAUGCCAUCAUAUCGGUAGUAACCGCAGAAGCUCUAGAGAUAGUGAGAGGAUCUCUAGGAGCCACAUCUUCUUCAAAUCCUAGGUUGCUAUAGCACCGACACCAACGGCAACAAACAUCAUCUGAUAGCCCACCAUGGCAGUUAUCAAAGAAAAGGCAGAGUGCUGCACUCUUCUUGUCGACGAGCUCUACGGCCAACUCCCCGCAAGAGUCUAUGCGACUCUUUUCCAACGAGGAAAGCUCUCGGUCCGCCUCAUCAGCCAGUUCUCCAAACUCAGCGCCCGCCAAGUCAAAAAUGGUCUUUGCGUCCUCCAACAACACAACCUCCUCUUCUACUCCGUCGACGCCAAUUCGGGCGAGGCCGAAUACUCGGUAAAUCACGAAUAUGCCUACAACCUCGUGCGCACCGGCAAGAUCCUCGAAAUGGUGGACAACAGCUACGGCCCCGCCGGCCGCGACGUCAUGCAGAAUCUCCUGCUCCUCGGACAGACCCGAAUCUCCGACUUGGUGGCCGCCUACCAGGCCAAGAUCAACGAGGUCAACAACGAUGACGCAUGGCUGAACGACAAGAAACCCGAGCUCGCGAUCAAGAGCAAAGCGCAACUCAACUCGGUGCUUUGCCGACUCAUUGAGGCCGAGUUGAUCGAUGUCAUUCACAGCAAGACCUUCCAGAGCGCCCACGAAAUUGAGAAGCAAGUCCACAGAGAGGUCAUGGACGUGUACUUUUCCAACGGCAUCAAGGGCACCAAGGCCAAGAUUGAGUUUGAACAGAGAGUGGCUGAGGGCCUUCGCAAGGUGCGCGAGGAGUCCAAGACUCUUAAGCGCAAGCUGGCUCAGAAUGGAGGCGCAAGCAAGCGAAGGAAGCUGGCUGUUGGAAACGAGACAAAUGGGGCUCCUGAAGAAGAGGAGGACUUGGAUCCGGCGUUGGACCCCCGACAAGUCAUCCGCAUCAACUACGAAAAGUGCAUAGUGGAACUACGCAGCCGCCGCCUUGUCCAAUAUGUCAACGAGACCCUCGGAGAGACGACAGGAUACGUUUACGGUCAACUGCUCAAGCAAUUGACCAAAAACAUUUCGCGCUGCAAAUCAGACCCGCUCAUAGACGCGUUGACGCCGGAAGAGAAGGUGACGCCCUCGGUCACAACAAACGAGAUUCUUGAUAAGGUCAAGACCUCGAUUGAUCUCACACUCGGAAUCGGCAAGAUCCCGAGCAAGUCCAUUUCGAAAUCGGCUGCGGAGAGACUCACUCCUUUAGCGCCCAAGGACAAGAUUCCCUUUAUGAAUCAAGACGAUAGCGACGAUGACGAAGAGGAUGGUGAUUACAGCGACAGCGACGAAGAGAUGGACACCAAGAAGGAAAAUGGGGACGCGCCGGUCGCUAGGAUGAGCCGACCUGAGCAGCUGCGGCAACAUCUCCUGCUGUUGGCCGAGGGCCACCCAGGCUUUGUGCGUCACUGUGGAGAGGAUGAGUGGACGGUCGACUUUAAGCCUCUAAUGGAGAAUCUCCGGGCGACAGAACUCGACUCGAUCAUCGAGCAGACCAGCGGUCGCCAGGGCCUCAGGUUGAUACGCAUCCUCCGCACGAAGGGCAAGCUAGGGGAGCAAGCGCUCCAGUCUCUCAGCUUGAUGCGCAAGGUGGACCUUCAACAAAAGAUGCUGGAGAUGCGUCUUGUGGGCUUUGCGCAUACGCAAGAAGUGCCGCGCGACAACAAGGCCGACCCGAAAAAGUCCAUCUUCCUCUGGUACUGUGACACGGAGCAAGCGUACAGCAGCCUGAUUGCCAAAUGCUACGCAACCAUGGUGCACUGCCUGCAGGUGCUGGAGGUGCGGCGGCAAAAGGACAAGGACGUGUUGUCGCUGGCGAAGCGGACCAACGUCAAGGGCAAGGAGAAGGAUAUGAUGCGUGACGAGUCGUACGCGAGGUUUGCCAAGUUCUUGAAGGACGAGAGGUUGCUGAUGGCGGAGAUGAUGCGGAUUGAUGAUACCUUGGCUCUUUUACAGGACUAUUAACUCUUUGAAGACGAGAAUGUCAUGAUCUGAGCGUUUUCAGCAUAUGGACAACAAAAACAUGGUCAUCAUUAUGAGUUCAGUCAUCUAGAAUACACUAAGAAUGACAUGUGCGAUCACGGUGUUCCCC